AUGGCUGCAUCACCGCUAGCAGCGCAAGACACCAAUGACAAAUGGGGCUUCGGUGAAGACCCAGAUAACAUGGGACCCAUGUCCAGUGCUGACCCCCUCGUCGACGACGCGCCUCUGGCAGCAGACGAAACGACUUCCGGGCAAAUGGCCAGCGGCUCUGGUCAUAAACGUACCUCCAGCGGUGACAACGGCGUUUUCUGGCAGCAAAACCGACUCCGGUCGCGAAAACCGAACAAAGUAUACAUUGGCGGUUUACCAGACCAUACACGCCAAGAGGACCUUCAAAGUUGUUUUGGAAAGAUUGGAAGGAUCACACACAUUGAAUUGAAAAUUGGUUACGGUUUUGUCGAAUUUGACAGCCGCGAGGCUGCCGAAGAAAGUGUUGCUAAAUACAACGAAGGUUAUUUUAUGGGUAACAAAAUACGAGUGGAGCUUUCCCACGGUCGCGGACGCACUGCCAGGCGCUCUGAUGAUCCCGGCGCAUGCUUCAGAUGCGGUGAAAUUGGUCAUUGGGCCAGGGAAUGCCCUCGUUUACAAUCGCGUCCUCCUAGGGGUUCUUCUCACGAGGUGGGGUUGAUUGAACGAUUACCACCUAGGGAUUAUUUGCCUCCUAGAGACUUCGGUCCCCCGGCGCGAUACCCUCCUCCACAGGAUGCGAGGUAUUAUGAUUAUCCGCCGCCGCCUCCUGGCAGAGAUUUACGGCGUCCCGUCUCGCCUAUAAGGGAACAGAGAGAUUAUUUAAUGGGGCCGCCUCUACGCACGCGCGAUUAUGAUGAUUUUAGAAUGAGGGGACCUCCGCCGCCACCUCCUUCCCGGUAUGAUCGCCCAUAUGACAGGGAUGCUCCACCGAGAGGCUAUCCUCCACCAAGGGACUUUGACCGGUAUGAAAGGCGUCCUCCGCCAGAUGAUAGGUACCCUCCCACGAAUUCGAGGCCUAGGACACCUCCUGGUCCCCCUCCUCGCCGCGAUGAUUACGAUAGACCGCUCCGGGAUUACAUUCCUAGGCCACUUACACCACCCCCACGCCAAUCGGACUACCCUCGUUCUCCCGAGCAGCCUCGCUAUCGUCGCCGCUCAAUGAGUCCUCCACCCCGCUCUGCGCAUUACGAUGCCUAUCCUGCCGCUAAUGGAUAUUCUGGCGACAGGUCUGCUCCUGACAAGCGUGUCAGAGACUAUCCCCCUCGCCGUGACGCCCCGGAAGUUGGCUAUAGGAGAGCCUAA